UCUCUGAUUCCUCCCAGUUCACGCUUCAUCUUCGUCACAACAAGAAGCAUUCAAAAACCAAAUUUUGGAAAAAUAAAAUAAAAAGGAGAAUAGAAGAGAAAAUUGUUUUACAUAAUAAAGAAAGGAAAAAGAAAAAGAAAGGAAAAAUGAGUUCGAUUCAUUUGAUCAACACUCUAACAGCUCCGGUUCGCUCUUUCCCUUUUCUUUUUCCUCAAUGCCAUUCUCCUCUCCCGUCUUCCGCCGUCCCUAAACGGCGGCGUUCCUCCCACUCCUCCGGGUUCCGCCUUGCCUCCGUCCCAACCGUCAAUUCGGUCCCACGCGGGAAUGGAACUUAUACAGUUGCUGAUUUCAUGACAAAGAAGCAAUAUUUGCAUGUUGUUAAAACCACCACAACCGUUGAUGAAGCUUUGGAGGCUCUCGUCAACAACAGAAUCAGUGGUCUUCCGGUAAUCGAUGACGACUGGAAUCUGGUUGGGGUCGUUUCAGAUUAUGACUUGUUAGCAAUUGAUUCGAUAUCAGGUGGUCCUCAAAGUGAUACAAACUUAUUCCCUGCCGUUGACAGUUCUUGGAAAGCAUUCAAUGAGUUACAAAAGCUGCUUAGUAAGACUAAUGGUCAAGUUGUUGGUGACUUAAUGACUCCAACUCCACUUGUUGUUCAUGAAUCAACUAAUCUCGAGGAGGCUGCCAGGCUGUUGCUUGAAACAAAGUAUCGUCGACUGCCUGUAGUAGAUGAUGACGGAAAGCUGGUUGGACUUAUUACAAGGGGAAAUAUUGUUAAGGCAGCUCUGCUGUCAAAACGCGCUGGUGAGUGGUGAGAGGUCCACGCAUAGUUUGUGAAACGUCAUUCAAAUAGCUCUGCAUACAGUAUGUAGUCAUCAUCUGCUGGAUAUUUGGUCUAUUAUGAAAGUAUAUGUCAGGUCAAAAGAGGAGCUGAAGGCUACUUUUAAUGGCAUUCUGGGAUCUUUUUAAGUGGUGGGUUUAUCAUCACCAUUUAGAGGGAAGUAAUAUAUCGAUCUCCUUCGUCGAGAUAGUUUCCGUGCAUUGGAUUGUCGCGAGCUUAAAGACAUUAGAUCCAAUUAAUCUUUGUGUAGGCUAUGUUAAAUUUGACAUGUAUGAAUUGGAAUAGAUCAUUUGAGCACUGUACUAUUAUCUUAUAUUGUAAAUUGCUUAGCAUUUUAGUUUAUGGGAUUGUGUCCAGGUCGUCUUUCAUCUUGUAUCACUCAUGAGCUGCUUAAUUCUUAUCCGUAUU